AUGAGCUCCGCUAAAGCGGCGGCGUUCGUCGCGCUCAUGUUCGCCCUCGGGGUGGCGCUGGACAGGACGAGCCAGUCGGCCCUGGAGGAGUUCCCGCUGCCCUGGAUGGUGGCCACUCUUCAUUUCGGGGCCGGGUUGCUUUGGAUAUUCCCAGCUUGGACUAUCGGGAUGCGACAAACCCCUCGCCUCAGCGACACGCAGAAGAAGCGGGUGGCACCCUUGGCCUUCCUCCACGCCGCCGGGCACCUGUGCGUGCUAGGGGCGGGGUCGCUGGCAGUGACGCAAGUGUUUCAGGCAGCGGAGCCUGUGGUUGUCUCCGUGAUGUCUUUGGUCGUUGGGAGUGGUGGUAAGCAGCAUCUCGUGGCUUGGCUGGCCCUGGUGCUGGCGACGGCGGGCGUGCUCAUGACGUUUCGAGAGGGCAUCACUGCUGGGUCGGUGGUGACGAACUCGGUUGCAGCAUUCGCCGCCCUCCUCUCCUCGGCCCGCACGGCACUCUCCGACCAAGUGAUGGUGGAAGAGGCCGUUGCGCUGAAGGGACAGCUGUGCUCCAUGGUCUUCGUGUCUGGAACGCUGUUCCUCAUCCCCUUCGCUGUCAUUAUGGAGGGAGCUCAGCUGUCUGAGCAGUGGGACAGAGCCUCGGCCUCCAUCGGCAGCACCGCCCUUAUCGUCAAGCUCAUCCAGGGCGGCACGCUGCUGUACAUGUGGAGCGAGUGCCUGUUCGGCCUGGUCGAGGAGGCCGGCGCGGUGGCCGCGGCGGUGGCCGUCGCCGUCCGACCGGUGGCGGUGUACGCGUUUUUCGCGGUUUUGGUGGAGCAUCGCUUGAAAAUUGAAAUGCCCGCCACGCGAGUUGUCCAGUUGCAAUUGUUUUGGGCGCGGGGGGGGGGGGGGGGGGCGAUUCCGACCAUCGCAUGGUGGCUUGUGUUACGGCUUUCUUGGGAGGGAGCUGGACGACGUGGGGAUUGGCGGGAAGCUGUCUGACGUCGGUAGCGGCCGGCUUGUUUGCGUACGCUAGUCGCCGAUUCGUGCUCAAGCCGCCAAAGACAAAGGGGCAGUGAGCUAGCUACCGUGGGCGCCAGGAGCAUCACGCACUUGCUGGUGUGCCGAUUCUAGAAGGAAGGCACCUACUUAAAAUAGCGUUGCGUGAUGGUGGCCUCAUUUUGCGCAGCAAUAGCAGCAGUAGUUUGGUCUUCCCGUUGAUGUGUGUUUCUAGGAUUUGAUUUCACGGUUGGCACGACGUACCUCAUGCGGUGGGGUUGGUUCCCUCAAUAGUGCCGCCGGUUGAAGACUGCCUGCCACUGCGCGGUAUGGUGCCGUUGACUUCGAGUGGGACGGGUGGAAUAUUAGUAUUCCCAUUCCAAUUGUCUCAUUCUCUGAAGAGAGCAGUGCCGAAUGCGCCCGGUAUAAGUGCCGGUGAUUCUGGCGGACACAUACCGGAACUACUGAUGGCCACGUUGAUUGUUUUUUUCGCUUUGAAGAGUGCAGAAGAGGAGGCAGUGAAUAGAGGUCAGAGGUCAGAGCGUUUCUUCCGUGUGAAAACAAAAACACGAUUUUCUGCAGCAGCGUGCAAGCAUUAGACUGUCUUCCUUAAGCGCUGAAAUUGUUUUUUUCUGUUCAAUUUGGAGAUGCCGUCUUUUUUUACAAGGGAUGCUCGUAUGUGGCAUGCCACUACACGGGGUGUUGGUUCGAUGGAAUCUGCGUUGGUUGCGGAAUGGGUGAUCGUCAACACACGAAAGAGAAGAGCUGUAGACGCGCACCAGCGGUGGGGAGUUGGGGGGGAAGAGGGGCACCCAUGAUCGCGCCGUUAUGGCGUUGUACAGCAGCAGUACAUAGCCGUGUGACUUUAUGGGGACCACGCGUGUGUCCGUACCCCAGCCGGCAUGAACACACCACUAGGUUUCCGCCGAAGGAACCAGGCUUUCGCACCAGCGCCUCGCCAAGCGCGAAAAAGGGCUGUGCGUGUGGGUAGUUCGUUCGGAAGUCGCAUCCUGCUGCUCAGUCAGAGUGUAAUCGAGUAGCUUGUGUGCCUGAACGUACGUGCUUGACACAGCUUCGAGUUAGUGUGAGUUGCAGUUCGUUUGGUUCCUGGUGUGCUGCUCACUUCCAGGGACAGCUUUUGGCGGGUGCUUGACAAGUUUGUUUCCGCAAGCUCUGCUCCUUCGCGCGGAGCGCAGCAAGCUCUUCACCCGCCACGAAACGGUUCAUAUAUAUGUAGAUACCGCCGCGAGAGGAUUGCGGCGUUUCACGAACGCCGGGCGCGUGAUUUGCAGUAGCGUCGUUGCCAUUCGACGCCAACUCCGGCGAGGAGUCGGUUCUUUGGCCAAACAAGCUAAUUUUAGUCCCCCGUUCGGUCUAUAGCCGUGGCUUCUUUUUUUUGCCGACCUUCCUUGUCCGCGCGUGGAGGCGCUAACUCCUAGAUAGCUAGAUAGAGUACUGCUGCUGCCGCUGCUGCUGUUACGUUUUUCGUAGGCGUAAGGCGUUCCCUGUUGUUGCCGGUUGACGUAACGUAGCAGUAUUUGGUAGGAAUUAUAUGUGGGAAUGGCAUCACAAGACACGUGCGUAGUUUUUUGCGGUAAAUUGCAGGUCCUCUUGUCAGUCCUCUGUUUACUUUCCCCCCUACCAGAAAUUUCGUUUUAGGCGUGCCAGGUACCCGCGGGUACGCUGGUAACCAGGUACUACGCUGCUGGUCUGUCCGAAGAACAAAUUUCCGAGUUGCAAAUUUCGACAAAAAAUAGGGUUAUAAAUACCAAUUGCUGUUGUCUACAAUGCAUUAUAGUAUGUAUACUUGAACGGGUAGACUUUCUAUGAUUGUCCCUGAAGCGAAACAGCGAACGGACGGAACGAACGGACGUGCUUUUUUUCUGUUUCUACAAACCAAUCACGCUGUUCUGUCCUAUGUU